UGGCCACGUUGUUGAAAUGGACCGAAGAAGAAAAAAUGGACAAUCUGGGGCAGCAUGUGUCUUUGAGCUUGGGGCGGGACAUAAUGGCCAUCGUAGCCACGAGUCGAUCCUGGAAGGAAACCCGGGAUGUGAUGAUGAGAAAAUACCUGGCAGCGGAGAAAAUGGCCACGGAGGCCGAUUUACCGGCAUUCCAGACGAAGAACUUCGCUAUGUACAACGACUUCCUACGGGAGUUUACUCUAGUAGCACUAAGGAUCCCGGGGGUAACGGACAGAAUAAUGAGCACAUACUUCCUCCGGCAGUUCUCCGAGUUCGACAAAGACAAGAUUUUGUCGACCUACCAGCAGACGAGCAAGUUCGUGAACACCAGGGAUGUUGAUUUUAGCACAGUAACGGAUCUGGCCGAAAAGACCGAAGUGACCGAGACGUUCGCCUUGCUCAAGGAAGGGGAGGUCAUAGAUCUGACAGGUAGAACAGGCGACAAGGUAAAGAAAGGGAUUGAAAGUCUACAUGAACGGGUGCACGGAGUCGACAACAAGAUUGAAAGGGUGGAGAACGCGCUGCUAGUUAUGCAGGCGCAAGUAUCCCGACCCGCUCUCCCUCCCCAGGAAGCCGUAGUUCCGCCAGGGGGGAUGCGGCGAGCCGUUAUCAUGCUCAAUGGGCUAGAGAUAGCGGUCGUAGAAGCUGAGCCGGUGGUCGAUAUCAUCUGGGAUCAACUUCGAGGCCGCGGGCCGCAGAUCAACUUCAUUUUGGAAAACAACGGACGUGAUAGGGUGAACGCGACUACUCGGCUAGGGACGGCUGGGAGAAGGAUUAUCCGUGACACCGUGAUGGAGGAGGUUGCUAGAAGCUCCGUACCCCAGGCAGAGCCUGAGGCCGGGGAACCAGAGAAAGUCUAUGGAAAACCUAGGGAAGAGGAGCCUACGGACAAAGUUACCACCGCUAAAAAGAAGAGUAGGUACCAAAUCUCGAUCUUAACCAUGCCUGAGAUCGAUGACACCCUUGACAAACUACUAGGAACCAUGGUGUCGGUGUCGUUUCAGACCAUGCUGCGGGCCAGCCCUAGGUUGCAUAAAAGGCUUAGACAACUGUUGACUCGACGGCGAGUAGAGAUAGACGAAAACCCCGAAUCAUCGGAAGAGGAAAGGGAGGAGGAAGCCCCGCAAGAGGUCGCUAACCUUCAGAGGAGUCGCGGGGAUUUAGAGGAUCUUGAGAAAGCCUUUGGGGAUAUCCACCUGAGCCUGCCAGACCGAGAAGGUGGCGAGGUCAUGAGGGCACCUCCCGGAACAAAGCUCAGCUUCCAUGCGCUACCCGUAGGAAAGUUAAAAAUCCAGAUCGGGACUCGUCAUACCAACGCAUUAGUAGACGGGGGAGCGGAAAUCACUCUCAUAAGGAGAGAUUUCGCAACAAUCACGGGCUGUACGGUAAAUAAGGAAGUAACAGGAAGCAUCCGAGGAGCCGGUGGGGAAAUCCCGUUCGCUGGGUAUGUCACGGAAUGCGCAGUCAAGGUAGGAGUCAGGGAGUCGAUCUGGUCGUUCCAACGGAAGACAGUAAUGCAGGAAAUGGGCCACGAUAUAAUCCUCGGGAGACCGUGGUGCACAAACGUGGAAAUGAUAGGCAUGCACUUGCACGAUGGCACGUACAUGGUAGACAUAGAGGACCCAGUGACCGGCCGGGGAGAGCUCCUUCGAAUUCUAGGGACAGGAGGAGACUCUCCGAAGGGAAAGUUAGCCACGUGGUCGCCAUCGUUUGAGGAUAGCGCAGGAAAGGGGGCUUUUGCGCGGAUGGAGGGCAUGAGAGAAAGGGUAGAAAUCAUGAUCGAGGAGGCAUUCAAUACGAAGGAAUGGAUCAAGAUGGGCCUGCCCCAGAAGAAGAGAAGGCAGGAGGACGAAGUCUUAGGUGUUAUGGUGGCAGAAAAGGAAUCAGAAGUCGAACUCGGAGUCAGCCUGCCCAAGCGGAAAGAAGUGCGCAUGGACGUGUCCGAAGUUGCACUCAAGAUUCCCGAUUUGUUACAGCUCAUCAAGGCCCUCAGAUACCACAAGGUAGGAAUGGACUCGGCGGCCUUGGCCAAAUUUGAAGGAGAGGUGCAAAAGGGAUAUUGUCUGAAUUGAAAAUUAGUCAGUAUUCAACCACGAA